UGACUGGGAAGGUGCAUGCAUCCCUAAUUAAAGGGACGGAUCGGCUAUAAAUAAUAGAGGUUCAUGAAUUGGAUUUCCUACACAGCAGUGAGCAGCCACCCAGUUGAGUUCUGUGCAGUUCCAAGAAGACAGAUUGGUCUCAUCAUCAUGACGAAGAGGCAAGCAGCAGAUAGCAGAGAGAACCGCCGUCCGCCGCCGCCUCAGCAGCAGCAGCACCACCACCAGUUGCUGAGGGCGCAGACCGCACAAUGCGACAAAGGGAAGGCCAGCAAGUUCAAGAGGAGCAGCUCCAACCUUGAGCAAGAUGGCGCUUCCACUGCCAUUCUUCUGCUUGCUUGCAUAGCCUUGGCUCCUCCUAGCUAGCUAAUUCCCAUGUUUAAAUAUUUCAUUCUUGUUUUUCCUUCACCUCUUCGAUCGGCUCUUCCUCGCUCACUUUCAAGCAGGCCGGCCGGUCAAUUAAUAAUUAGUAAUUACUCAAUUACUAGUAUUAGCUAUUUUACGUUGAAAGCUGAUCGGCUUUGGUAGUAAUUAAUAAUCAGGUUUACGUACGUGUUGCUUGCUUGUAAUUGGAAGAAGAUUGCCGAUUAGAGUUAUAUAUAAAUAUAUAUAUAUUUUUUUUUAUAAAAGAAAAAACAAGAGGAGAGCUCCAACCCUGAGCAAGAUGGCGCUUCCAC